CAUGGAAGCCAAUGAUCACUACACAAGACACAUGGCGGCGGUGGCGGCUCCUUAAAGUCUACCCGUCUCUUCCAUUUCUUUCCAAUUUCAACAAACCCAGAUCACAACCCCACCCCUUUUCUUCAUUUCCCCCAAAAUCAAACACACGGUUUCCCCUUCACCUUGGCUUUCUCAUACCAAUCACCAAACCUCUUCCUAACUUCAAUCUCCAAAGUCAACCCCAUCAUCUUCUUCCCCAAUUCUGGUCAAAGAGUUAUUGAUUUGAAAUAAAGAGGGGUUUUGAUCCAGAUGAUUAUAUGAUGGAUGGGUCACAAGGGGGUUCAAGUUCAUCGCCGCCAUUUCUGAAUAAAACAUAUGAAAUGGUGGAUGACCCUUUGACAGAUCAUAUUGUUUCUUGGAGUCAUACUGGGAGUAGUUUUGUUGUUUGGAAUCCACCCGAGUUUGCUAGCGAACUGCUUCCGAAAUAUUUCAAGCACAACAAUUUUUCUAGCUUCGUUCGACAGCUUAAUACAUAUGGUUUUAAAAAGAUAGAUCCUGACCAAUGGGAAUUCGCAAACGAAGAAUUCAUAAAAGGUCAACGACACCUUUUGAAAAAUAUUCACAGACGGAAACCGGUCCAUAGCCACUCAACAGUACCGACACAAGGGGCUAAUAUAAACCAAUUAUCUCCUUCAGAAAAAAAGGAAUACGAAGACGAAAUCAAGAAACUAAAACACGAAACAAGUUCUCUUCGGUUUCAGUUACAAACCCACAAGCAAGAAAAUCAAGAAAACGAACACAAGUUAACCUUUUUACUCGGACGAUUAAAGACCAUACAAUCAAAGCAGAAGAACAUGAUGUCGUUUCUUGCUCAAUUACUCGAAAAUACAAGAACGUCUUCCUCACGACAUUUGGAAACAAACAGCAAAAAGAGAAGAUUACUAAUAUCGACAUACUUACAUGACGAAGCCAAUGCAGAAGAAAACGAAAAUUUGGAGAUUCACGUGCUAAUAAAAAAACUCGAUUCAUCGUUGAAUUUUUGGGUGGAUUUUGUGAACGAAAGCGUAAAACCUUCGGGUCAAGAAAAACAUGAUUCAAAAGUGGAUCAUGCUGACAGCCCUAUUGAUGUUUCGUUGGUCUACGUUAAUCAAGAUUCUCGGGUGAAAUCUAAAUCUUCAGGGAUCGACGUGAAUGUAGAGCCAGCUGGCGGUGGUGGUGAUGCUGGUGGUAGAGUGGUGGUACCGCCAGUGCAAACGGGGGCGAACGAUGUAUUCUGGGAACAGUUUUUGACUGAGACGCCUGGCGGUGGUGACACGCAGGAAGUUCAGUCUGAGAGACGAGAUGUAAUUAAGUCUUUGUGGAGUGCAAAUAAUGUAGAUAAAAUUACAGAAAAAAUGGGGAAUCUUAGUAGUCCUUCUGGUAAGCUUGACGUUCGAUGAUCGUAGAUGUUUAACGUCAUCGAGGAUUUCUGGUUCAUACUCGCGUCGCGUAACGGUUGUUAAAAUGUUGUUGAAUAUUAGUUACUUGUUUUAAGCAUUGGAUUUUUCUGUCUUGGGGAGAUGUUGUUCAAGGCUUUGUUUUAUUUGCAUUUGUGUGUCUGUU